AUGUUCCACUCGGAUGGAAGAAGCGUGGAAGCGUUGCUUAAACACAUGCCCAGACGCAGGAUCUGGGAUGUUGAAGGACGAGUGAGGGGAACUAACCUAGGGAACAAUAAGUUUCUCUUUGACUUCGACAUGGAGGAAGAUCUUGAGAAAGUCCUUCAGAAACGACCAUGUCACUUCAACAGAUGGAGCUUUGCCCUUGAAAAAUGGACACCAACAAUCAACGAAGAGUUCCCAAACUUGAUCCCUUUUUGGGCAAAUGUGGUGGGGGUCCCGAUACACUACAGGAAACAAGAAACUUUCGAGAGUGUGGGGAAAGCACUGGGAGUCUUCGAUAAGGCUGAUGUGGAAGGAAGCAAGGUACGAGUCUUUGUUAAUGGAGACAGGCCUUUGAAAUUUGAGUGCAAGGUCGGUUUCGAUAACGGAGAUGUGGCAAAGGUGUCAAUCCAAUAUGAAGAUCUCUAUAGGUAUUGCUUCUCAUGCAAGAGAAUUUCGCAUGAAGAAGGUACCUGCCCUGAACUAAAUGAUGAUCAAAGAGAGAGGAACCGGGUAGCAAGAAUUGCACAACACGACUUGGAGGAACGUGCUACUAGGGAAGCCUUUUCUCAACCGCAACGCCCGAAUGCGGGAAUAGGAAAUGAGAUCCAAAACUCAAGAAGUAAGGGGAAAGAGUACCGAGGCAAAGAGGCCAGCUCCCCUGAUUCCCGAAGAGACUGGAUAACACCAAGGGUACUCAACCUGAACUUCCCCGAAACCGAGAUAGAUACCACCCAUACCAUCGCCAAACCGGUAUACAUUCUAGGGAAACACACAGAGAUACGGCGUCAUCCUCAGAAUGGCGACCUAAAGACUUGGGGGAAACCCGAUACGGGAGAGAACCGGAGAAGAGACAUGAGAGACAUUCGGAAAAGCAAUGGGAAUGUUCCAGGACCACGGCCUUAA